AUGGCGGGUGUGUUCAAGAAUGUGUUUGGCUCCCAGCAGUCGGGCAGUGCCAAUGCUGAUGAUGAUUUCGCCGACUUUGUCGAAGCUCCAAACCCAUCUCCCGUGUCGCUUGUCGCCGACACGACGACACUUCCGGCUGUAAAUACGCAGGGUGCCGCGCCAUACACGAAAUGGUAUCGCAUCUGGGAGCGCACCUCGCCAAGCGACUUCAUGCAGGAGGCGCUGAUUAUGCCCUUCAUCCUGCUCGUCGUGCUUUUCCAUCUGUGGGGAACUCGCGCCAACCGCCGUCGCGCUCGCGAUUGGGCCAAGGCCCAUAUUCCCAUCUUGCAGAAGGAAUUCGCUGUCGUUGGCUUCAAUGGUAUUCCCCAUUCAGCACCUGGCGAGAUCACCGUGGAGCUGUCCAACCCGGAGAAGCAGCUCAAGGAAAAGUCUGGUCAUGAAUUCGCCGCCUACGCAACAGGCCGUCAAAACGUGGCAUUCUUGGAUGUGGCCCUGACGAUGCCCAAGCGCUAUAAUCCCAUUACAUACAUCAUGGAAUAUGUGUUCAGCUUCUUCUUCGAGAGCUGGGAGGCCCCCGCUGAAAAGUACGAGGCGCUCAUGUAUCCUUUCGAUGGCAAAGAGAAGGAUCUGGUGCCCGUUCUCGGAAAGGAUACCUCGUCGGUCAAGGUCUCCAACUCGCAGUACGAUGGCUUUAUCUGGGCUGUGGUUCACAAGAGCCACAUGCGCAAGUUCCGUACCGAUCGCUAUGAUGCUUCCAUCACCUUCUCCAAGGAUCAUCCCAAGCUUCCCUCUUGGGUCACCGUCAUGACCGAGAGCGCCGAAAUCACCGAAGCACUGCUCACCCCGGAGUUGAUCCAAGCCAUUGAACAGGCUGGCAACAACUUUGAGUUCCUGAUUGCGACUGAUCAACCUAUCGACAAGCCUCUCAAGAUCAAUGAGACUGUCCCCAAGAAGCGCAUCCAGCUGUCCGUCAACCUUACGUCUGAUUACUCAUCGACUCUCCCUAUCUUCAACCAGUUCCUGCGCUUCGCCGAUAAGCUGGUCACCGUCGCUCACUGGCGUCCUGAGGUGAUGCGUAAGAUCCGCAACGUUCGCGAGGAGGAGAUCAAGAAGAUCCGCCGCGUCGAAGAGGAAGAAAAGGCUGAAGAGCGUAAACUCGCUGCCGAGAAGAUCAAGAAGGAGGAGCGUGAGCGUUUGCUCCGCGGCAUGACUGCCGAGGAGCAGCGCAAAUAUCUUGAUCGGGAGUCUCAGAAGGAGCAACGCAAGUCUAUGAAGAAGCACACCCGCAAGGGUUAA